AUGUGCACUUGUACGGAAGAUUUCUGCAACACAUUCGCCUAUUUGCGUACGUCCCUCGACGAGGCGCCAAAUAACCGCGACGAAGCCGUCUUCACCUACAGCGAUCCGAUGCACCCGGUGCAUCAGGGUGAGGAAGGCGUCCGGAAUCAACGUUCUUCUCUUAUCGUCCUGCUCGUCAUAAUCCCGCUGUCGGUGGGCGGGAUGGCGGUGUGCCUCAUUUUCCUCAACUAUCACUGCAAAAUGUGC